GGAGCACGCGAGAAAACUUUGACUCAGACACGAUUUCUUUCGAGACACUUGGAGGAUUUCGAUAGAGCGCUUCAAAGCCGAGCAACUUCACCCUGGGGCAACUUUAGCAUCUUCCUUCUGCCCUUCAACUGCCCAACGCCGAGCCACGCUUGAUCUCAUCUCAUACGACGUCAUGCCCUUUGACGACGACGACAGCCCGCUGGCAGCGGGCCCAGUCGCCGCAGACGGCGAAGGCGGCGCCGCGACAGUAGAGGAAGCGCUGGAGGACGACAUGCCCGACUACAAGCUGUUCGCUGCCUCCUUCACCAAGAAGGGCGUCUCCAGCCAGACGAUCCGCAAGGGUGAAAAGGACUUUGAGACACACGGAACCAAGGCUCAGGUUGGCGCUCUGGAGUCGAGCCGGCGGGCGCUCGAGGACGUGCUCAGCUACACGAGGAUACACCGAGGCGAUGCCUGGUCACGAGGCUGGUGCUUUCCGGAUUUUUGGACAGAUGAGGCCAACGUUGCGGUGGACUACGAGGGCAUGUGGCUCAAGGACCGGGUGGUGGUGAUGGAGCAUGAAAAGGGAGGCUGGAUGAAGGAUAUCGGGCGAGUGGCUUCUGGGAGCAAAGACCAGCUUGGCGUGGGAAGGCUAUGGCUUCUGCCGGAAGAGGCCAUCUAUCUCGUUGAGAGAGGCACUGUCGACCUGUGGUGGCCGUAUACCGACUUUGAAACCCUCUUACCGAAGGGGAGCACCAGCGGAGGCGCACCUCGACCAGGGUUUGGGCCUGACGACUACGAUGUUGGAUUGCCGUUGAGUCUCGAAGCUGCAUAUUCGCUCUUCAUCGGUUUUGAAGACGAACAGGGCAAGACAACACUCCCAAAGUACCAAGUUUACGCGCACCUGAAGCGAGCGGGAUUCAAUAUACUCAGGGCACCGCCAGAACCACCCAAACAAGACGCUACAGAGCCGUCACAGACACUAUGGCAAUGGCUCUUCUCCUUUGUCAAGCCAGAGACAUUUCACUUGGGGAAGCAGCGGCAAUCACCAUUUGGCCCGCUUGUCGCCCCGGGCUUGUACCGCGCCUACCGACCGAUAUACCAACAACUGGCUCUCAUUCCUCGACACAAGCCGCUGCCUGUGCCGCCACACCCAUCCCAGCCGGAGGAUCCUUUCCGGGUGCAUUUCCAUGUGUGGAAGCCCGGCGCCGGUGGGUUCUCCAAGAAGAAUCCUCCGCCCCCAGACUUUCGCAUCGCCGUGGCGGACACGGCAGACUCGUGUCUCCCCACGCUGGAGCAAAUCGAGUCGUUACUUGAGUCGACACCAUACGAUCCUGCGCCCGAGGCUUGGAGAGGAAAUCCAGGCAAGCUGUAUCAGCGGCUGAAGCACGGACACAGAAACGUCAUCGUGGCCGUGGUGGACAGGGGACUGGUCAACUUCAUGAGAUUUGGAGAGGGCGCAUUUGGCGAGGAGCAGCUGUUUGAGAGAUUUGAUAACCGCAACGCUGGACGGGGUGGUAAGAAGGGCGGCCGCGGGGGUGGUCGCGGGCGCGGGCGAGGCAGAGGUCGGGGAAGAGGAGGUCGGUGA